UGCUUUUAUUUCUCUAGCUUCCUAAGAACAGCCAGUAAAUACGAAGAACUCGACGUCGACGUAAUCCUAGCGGCAACGCGAAAGUCACGAGCGCGUCCUCAUCCCAUCUCGCGGCCAACUCCGACGGUUUCGCCUUCUUCACCACCUGCUUCAGCAGCCCACGCCCAGUUCUCUCCGCAAGGCGCCGCCUUUGCUGCUCAAUGACGACGAGGUGAAAAGCAUUCUAUACCAGCGAUAGGUGUCGCUCGGAUAGCGGCAGAGCAGUCAGUACAAUACUCUCACUGUCGCUGACUCCACAGAGCCGAAGCGACCAAGCUUCCGCACUCCUCACACGAUGGAUCCCCGAACCUGGCUGUCCGAUCUCACGCCGUAUUUCCUUUACCUACUCUUUAUAUCUACUAUUGGCCCCCUUCUGUUUGGAUUUCAUCUGGCCGAACUGAACGCUCCCGAAGAUAUCAUCCGCUGCAAGAAGACCUCGAUUGUCGCUGCCGGCGCCGAAUUACCGCAAUGCAUACCGAUGGACCCAACGCAAUGGGGGCUGAUUGGAUCAAUAUUCACAUUGGGUGGCCUGCUUGGUGCUCUUUGCGCCGGCCCCUUCUCUUCGCGAUACGGCCGGCUUAGAGGCAUGCAGUUCACGACUAUUUUCUUCGCCAUCGGUCCAAUAUUUGAAGCAGCUGCCCCGAACAUUGGCGUCAUGGCUGUUGGAAGGUUCAUAUCUGGCAUUGGUGCUGGUGCAUCGGUUGUCGUGGUCCCAAUAUAUGUUUCGGAAGUCGCACCACCAGCUGAGAAAGGCUUCUUUGGUUCCUUCACCCAGGUUAUGGUGAACGUCGGAAUUCUCGUUGCUCAAGUAUUGGGAUACUUCCUCAGCCGAGGCCAAUACUGGAGGAUCAUUCUUGCUGCUGGAGGUGUGAUCGGUGCCCUUCAGACACUCGGGCUGUUGCUUGGAGGAGUGGAGAGUCCUAAAUGGCUAGCAGGUCAGGGUAAUCCGUCCAAGGCAAAGAAGAUUCUUCGGAAGAUUCGGGGAGAUAAGUUCGAUCUGGAGGAGGAAGUAAGCGGAUGGGGGGUGGAAAGCUCCAGCGACAUGGAAGACGAGGAGGAGACGCUCCUGCACAAUGAGGAUCAUAUGUCUCAUCACAGCGACGCAUCAAUCUCCAAACGAGACUUAGCGAACAAAGAAGUCCUUGGCUUACUGCAAGUGGUUCGGCAUCCUCAGUAUCACAAGGCCGCAAUAGCAGUGAUGAUGGUCAUGCUCGCUCAACAGCUGUGCGGUAUCAACAGCAUUAUCAUGUAUGGUGUCUCACUGCUAUCUGACCUGCUCAAGUCGAACUCGGCGCUAUUGAACCUCGCAGUCUCAGCCAUCAACAUCGUCGUAACUGCUGCGUGCGCUCCCCUGGUUGACAAACUCGGUCGCAAAGUUUGCCUCUUGGGCUCGAUUGCUGGCAUGGGCAUCAGCUCUCUCCUCCUGGCUAUCGGCAUCAUUAACUCAGUGCCCAUACUUUCUGCCGUCGCAGUCUUAUUCUUCGUGUCCAGUUUCGGCCUCGGACUAGGUCCAGUCCCAUUUAUUCUAUCUAGUGAAUUGGUGGGCCCAGAAGCAGUGGGCGCAACGCAAAGUCUCGCUUUGGCCGCCAACUGGAUCGCAACCUUUGUAGUCGCGCAAUUCUUCCCUCUAGCGAGUGAGAAACUCCACGGCAAAGUCUAUUUCAUCUUCGCGGGUCUGGCAGCUUUCUUCUGGCUAUUCACUGCAUGGUAUGUCCCCGAAACAAAAGGCAAAAAGACCCUUGAUGAGGUCUGGGUCGCCAUGCCUGAACUACCGGCGCAUGCGUCCCCCGCUUUCAAUCCCAUCUACUCCCCGCAGGCGAAAUCACCGAGUCGCCAGUCCUUCGACUUCAACCUCGCUCACGAUGGGCCUACCAGCCACGACCAUGCAAAUGCAAAUGCUCAUGAGCCUCCGCCAUCCCUCAUAUCACCGGCCUUCACUCCGCCCGCAACUCCUGGUGCCUCAACCCCGAAUCCCAUUCCUCGCUCGGUAGCCGUCGAUACGUCCCUCACAUCCGAUGCCCCGCCCCCCAACCUUCUGAACACACUCCCGAUCGUUGAGUGCGUAGUUCGUGCGCGCAUACCGACCAUAGCCGGACAGGAGAUGUUUUUGCAUGUCUAUAGUAACAACGUGGACAAGAAAGAUCAUUUGGCGAUCGUGUUCGGAAACCACAUUCGGAGCAAGAGCUUGGAUGCCGAGAGGCCCGGAGAGACAGAAUAUGCUCGGAUGACUAGAGGGGCCUAUGUCGGACGGUUAUACCCAGGACGCACAACCAGUCGAGUUGACCAGAUACGACAGGGAGAGGGCGUGGCACCGCGGAUGGUUGACUCGCCUUCUCUUCCGAAUGAAAUUGCUUCGAAGAGAAUACCGGCAGAGAGUGCAAAACAGCCCGUGAAUCCCGCAGAUGUCCCACCGCUCAUCCGGAUCCACUCGGAAUGCUAUACCGGUGAGACCGUUUGGUCUGCGCGCUGUGACUGUGGCGAACAGCUCGAGGAAGCUGCUCGACUCAUGUCUCUCGAUUCGGUCUCCCCUUCAGGCGGCGCGAUCAUAUACCUGCGACAAGAAGGCCGUGGAAUUGGGCUUAGCGAGAAGCUGAAGGCGUACAACCUGCAAGAUCUAGGAAAUGACACCUAUGAAGCCAACUUGUUGCUCAGACAUCCAGCGGACGCUAGAAGCUAUGGUCUUGCAACGGCAAUACUUAUGGAUUUGGGCCUGGGUGGCGAGAAAGGGAUCCGACUGCUUACCAACAAUCCUGACAAGAUUCUUGCUGUUGAAGGGCCAAAUCGUGAAGUGGUGGUGAAGGAACGGGUGGCCAUGGUACCUUUGGCUUGGAAGACCAAUGGAAAGAUGGGUAUCAAGAGCGAGGAAGUAGAGAAGUAUUUAUCAACCAAGAUUGAAAAGUUCAAGCAUUUGCUGGACGCACGGUAAUGCGAAAAAUAUCCACUAUAGCGAUGUAUAUACCAUAAGAGACAGGCGCUGCCAUAAGGCUACAUGCUCGCAAUCUCAAAAAUACCAUCUUAGCGGGCCCUUGGGAGUGCUCUUUUAGGAAGAUGAGUGUUUUUGGCAUUUUCGGAUUUUCUGUAACAAAAUAAGAGACCAGAAAAUCUCAUGGAGCAGGCGGCAGCAUCUCUUCAUUCAUGUCUAUUCAAUGUUGCAGGUUUAUUGCGAUUUUGGAUCGAGUUUAGAUAUUAGUCAAUUAUUCAACGACACCAGAAAUAGCUUU